UCACUCUGUGCAUCAUGAUUCAUUUGAUAGCAUUACCAUUGGGUAAUGGGGUCCCUCUCUCUGUUUUUCUUUAUUAAAAAGAUAAAUACAACGACUCUAUCUAUCUAUCUAUCUGAAAUCAACCCUCUAACUCUUCACCAUUACUAAUUACUAUAUACUAUAUACUAUAUAUUUUGUAUUUGUAAGUACAUGUCUCCAUUUGCCAUUAACGACAACGUGGACUGCACCUGCUGACUCUUAUUUCGCCAUUUUAUUACAACUUCAAACACUAUCAGACAAUUCUCUCUUUCUUUUCAACCCUUUUAUUAUUGCAUUUCCUCUAUAUCUAUCUCUCUUCAUUAUUCUCUCUCUCAACACUCCUUCUUCUUCUUCCCAAUUCCUACCUAUAUUUAUUCACUCACAACCCUCUAUUCUUCAUCUAAACCAAAAUGAUGCAUCGUUCUUGCAGUGCUUCUUCUACUCAUCAGAUGGGACACUGCACAUGUGGUAUGUUUCAUGGACAAAACAAUUCCUUCUCAAUGUUAUUCUCAAAACCUUACGAUGAAUCAGACACGUAUAAUUGUUUCAAUCCUUCUUCUUCUUCUUCUGUUGUUGACUGUACUCUCUCUCUUGGAACUCCGUCCACUCGUUUCACUGAAGAUGAAGAGAAACGAAACCGACAUGAACAACGUCGCUCUGUUAAAAACUUCUGUUGGGAUUUACUACAACCUAAACAUAACAAUGUUCAAUCUCAAACCAAAAUCACACGAGGAACCACCAAUAUUGUUAAUAACAACAACAAUGAUUCUCUUCUUGCUCGUCGUUGUGCAAACUGUGACACCACUUCCACACCCCUUUGGAGGAAUGGCCCUCGAGGCCCUAAGUCACUGUGCAAUGCGUGUGGGAUUAGAUUCAAGAAGGAAGAAAGAAGAGCAAGUGCCGCCGCCGUCACACCAACCGCGGUGUCCGGCGGCGUAAUGGAAUCGGCUCCGAUAUAUAACCACCACAACAAUUCAUGGUACGUACACCCACAGAAUCAAAAAAUGCAGUGCUUCUCUCCGGCAAUGAGUAACGAAUUCCGUUUCGUUGAUGAAACCGAUCGUGAAUCUGAUAAUGGCAUUCCCUUUCUCUCUUGGAGACUCAACGUCACUGAUAGAACCAGCUUUGUUCAUGACUUUACUCGAUGAAAUUAAAAUUAAAAUUAAAAUUAAAUAAUAAUGAUAUAAUAAUAGAAUAUUACAAAAGGAGCUAGCUAUUUAGGACGGUCAAGACCAAGCAGUUACACGUCAACGUUUUUAGGAUGAUGAUAAUGAUGUUGAAGAUGUUUUUGAUUGCGAUGGUUAUAUGGUACCGUCACAUGAUGUUUUUUUUUUUUUUUUUUUUUUUGUUUUUUUA